GAGAGAAGUGGGAAGACGUUAGCCUGCUUCAUGGCUUCAGCAGCUGUGCACUAUGAAAGAAGACCCGCCAAAGUCCGGCGGCAUUAAGGUCGAGGUGAAGCCAGCGUCUAAGGAGGAGGUUGAGGCCUUCAUCGGCCAAAAUCGGCGCUGGCUCACCGAUGACGCGGAGAAGGCUUUUCGCGGCAUGGGCGCUGCUGAUCAACGCCGGGUGAUCUGUGCUGGGACUAUGUCGAGCGUGCAGAACCCCUUGGCGGUGAUUCAGGCCCGUGUGCGAAAGGCAAAAGACUUGGAGGCGGCAGUGAGCCGGAGUGGCGGCUCCGUGCCGGCAGUCCUGCUUGGGUUGGAGAGCAAGUUGACAAAGCCAGCAACUGCAGAGGAGGUGGAUGCUUUCGUCAAGUCGAACGAGCGCUGGCUUGGGGGUGAGGCUUUGGAAAUCCUCAAGUCAAUGACUGCAGUUGACCAGAGAAGGGUGAUCUCAGCAGGAACCAUGUCAGGCUGCCGUGACCCAGUUGCAGUGAUCCAGACCCGCGCCAAGAAGGCACGGGAGAUGGAGAUGGAGCUGGAGAACUUGGCGGCGGGCAGAGGGCCACUGCUGAAGAAGGAAGGAAAGCGCACGCCAGCCGCGCCUAGUUUCGAUGAGGAACAAGCUGCGAUGCAUCUCUAUGCACCACCAGAGGAGGUGUCCGCAAAGGAGUCCAGAUUCGCACCUCCUGAGACAGCCGAGGGUGGAGCAGCGCUUGUCGGUGACAGCCCUGGCGUUGGAGGAGUGGUGGAGUUUCUGAAGGCCAAAUACGGAUGCUCAAAGGGCCAGCGACUCAAAGUGAUCGGCGAGACGCAGGCCCUCCUCCAGUUUGAGGGUGGUAAAACUGCACCAAAAGACCACGAAGGCAGUGGCUGGAAGUGGGUCAUUCGGGAGGAGGAGGAGGUGAGACAAUCAGCUGCUCAAGCGCAGCUGGCGGCCCUGCAGGAGGCUGCGGCCGCCCAGGCGGCGCAGGUGGCGGCGCAGAAGGCGGCGGAGUUGGCACGGGCGCAGGCGGAGGCCAAGGCCUAUGCUGCUGCACAGGCUCUGAAAGCCAAGGAGGGGAGGGCCAGUGGCCCAAGCUCGAGCUCCAAGGCGAGUGGCGCAAGCUCGAGCUCUUCGACUCCACAGCGACAAGCGAAGCAGGCGAAGACCAAAGUGUCGGCCAGAAAGAAAGAGAAGAAGGAGAAGACAGGGAAGAAGGAGAAGAAGGAGAAGAAGGAGAAGAAGGAGAAGAAAGAGGAAAAGCGGAAGUCAGCCAAGACUGGGAAGACUACAAAGGACACGAACUCGAAGAAGCAGGGAGCAAAAGCAAAUGGUGAGAAGGCGAAGGCCCCAAGAGCAAAGAAGAGGAAAGCGCCAACAUCAUCUAGCAGCUCUGGCACAGACUUGGAGCAAGUGAAGGGAAAGUAGCCGUUGCAGGGCUACGUGACGAAGAAGGGCAAGCAGGAGCAGCUGGAAGAGAUGAAAGAAGGCCCUCCGCGGACUACAAGUCGCUGAGGCCGAAUCGCGAGCUCCGCUCCGCUCCCCGGCAAUUGG